UAAGAGAUCGACGAAGCUAGCUACCACCGCAUCGAGACCGCACCACUUCGCUUUCGAAAACCCUAGAAUCUUCCAGGAAGCAUUUGGUGUUCUCUCCAUUUGCGAGGUUUGUUUGGGGGAACUCCCUCCCGUGCGUAGUCCGAUCGGCGUGCUUGGGGUCGACCUGAGAUCGGGAGGCAGUCUUUUUCAGGAGGGUGUGUGAGAAAGAGCGGAUUUUGGAGCAAUUAGUGGGGUUUCUGUACGGCGAUGCGGUUAUUGCUCACUUGUAGCAUUAUUUCCGGCGAGGAAUUCGUGUUCGAUCGGUCUUCAUUGGUCAUGGAAUUGCAGACCAUUGCUUCGGAUGGGAGUUCAGUCAAAAUAUGAUAUCAUCGCCGUCUCAAAAGAAAAAAAAAAUGGUCUUCUUUAUGUAGCUUUCAAUGCUGAGCUUUCAAAUGAUUGCAGGAUUUUUGAGCUUUAAACAACUCAAUUAAGUUUGAGAGAAUUUGGCUAUUUUGUUGCUUAAUUCUUGACAAUCUUGGAGGAGAAGAACUUCAUUCAGAAACAAAUUACAAAAAAUGCAGACAAGAGGAAGUGGCUGUGCUGAUCCUUCCUCUCAUUGGGAUCAUUUUGAUCUCCUUCCUGAUUCAGUUGUCCUUCUAAUCUUUAACAAGCUUGCAGAUGUCCGAUCGCUUGGCCGCUGCUCUGCUGUUUGCAAGCGGUUCAAUUCCCUUGUGUUUAUGGUCCAUGAUGUCUACAUUAAAAUCGAUCAUGUGGUCACUGUUGAUGGUAAUUUUGAUGAUCCAUAUAGCCCAUCCUCUCCCAGACAACGGAAUCUCGUCUCCAAUUUCCUGAAACUGAUCCUCGUUUCGCUCCUAAAACCCUUCUACAACAUCCACAAUGCCAAAGGAAAUAACAAACCUGUCUUCCCGCAGCUCUCUCAUCACUCCCCUGCACAAGUUCUUAAGGGCUUCACCCAUGUCAGGAACCUCCGGAUUGAACUCCCUUCCGGUGAUGUUGGAACCGAAGAAGGGGUUCUUAUCAAAUGGAGAGCUGAGUUUGGGAGUACUCUUCAUAAAUGUGUGAUCUUGGGAGGUACAAGGGUCGAUGUAAAGCCUGUCUCCUCUGAGCUUGAAUCAUCUUUAGAAGACGGUGGCAGCAUUCCUGAAUCAUUCUAUACUAACGGGGGGCUAAAGCUCCGUGUUGUAUGGACAAUUAGCUCCCUCAUUGCUGCUUCCACGAGGCAUUAUCUUCUCCGUCCGAUUAUUAUGAACCAUCCCACCUUGAAGAGCUUGGUCUUGACGGAUGCUGACGGGCAGGGAACCUUGAGCAUGGGCGAAGAACAGCUGAAGGAAUUCAGGGAAAAUCCAUUGACACCCUCGGCAUCAUCAAACAGGACACAAGUGCCAGCUUCAAACAUGAAGUUAAAAUAUUCCCCCUACUUGGAGCUCUCGGGUGGGAUGGCAUUGCAAGGAGCGACCUUGGUUACAAUCAAGCCAUCUUCCGAUGGAAGCAGCACUGGCAACACUAGGGCUGAGAUCGAUGCCUUCAUCUCUGGAUCAUUUGACAGCCCAUUCAAAACGGCCGUUAAGGCACUGAUGAAGCGACGAACAUACCUUUUGGAAAUGAAUGGUUUCUAGAUGACUAAAUUUGCCAGCAUUUUGCACACAGAGGCGAGAAGCAGCAUAUGGAUCCUUUGCACUCUUCCUAAAGUUGCAAAUUGUGUGCGAUGUUCUGUUGUUUGCAUAUGUAUAGUAAUAACGACUAUCCAUGUAGAAGCCACAUGGGAUAAAUCUGUGUAGUUGAUUGUUCCAGCUCUAAUCGUAUCUUCUGGUAAUUCUAGGGUGGAAAUGCAUGGCGUUGCAGUUAAUUUUGUGAUAUUACUAAGUGGAUAUAUUUAGUUUAUGAACUGUUUAGUUUGUGGAAGGAAAUCUUUUGCCAACUUUUAUAAGUGUUAGGAUUUUUACUGUCUGUAACUAUUGCUGUGCAACUUGAAGAUCCCAUGUUAUGAUCAUCUAAGCUGUUCACUUUUGGUGGU